CAGAGGAAAGGAGAACCUUGUUGUGGGUCAAAUGCAGAUGGCAUUUCACAUGCGAGAUCUUGGGAAUCAGGCAUGGAGGUGCUUCAGAAUGGGGACAUCAGUGCACAACCAGAGAGCUGAAUGUUUCAACAGUAUUUUAAAGCGGACAUGGAUUAAGAAAUGGCUGACACCAUUUGAGGCCAUGAUGGAGUCUGGGAUCCUUGAACUGGACAAUCCUGUGCACAUCAACUGCUUGCAGUACUCACACUUGCCACAGCUUCAAAGAGACUUAAAAACGGAGCAAACAGUUUGGAACACCCAUGACAUCCGCAAGCAACGCAAUGCACCUGGUCCAUUUGGGAAACCCGACCUUCUGUUUACCUCACCACCUCCUGGAUAUGGCAAUGUGCUGCACAUUGUUGACCCAGACCUUUUAGACUAUGCCAAGCAAUUAAUCUGUGAGAGGGAAGAGCCUUCACUGGUAGCAAACCAGGAAUUCAGAGACAUGUGCCAGAACAUUUUAGAAAACAGCCAGUUUCCCUGCACACCUGAUGGUUGCCUUGCUGCAUACCUCAUGCUAGUCCAAGAGCUCACAACUGCCAUGAACAGAAAUGCAGUUCCUACACUUUCUACGUUUGCCGAGGCAAAUGACAUAUACAUCUUUCUGAAUAGAGAGAGGAUGGAAGGUGCACCAGUAAACAUUUCCAAUGACCAAUAA